AUGAUGCAAUCUUUAAACCUAGCUGCAAAGCUCGAAAGCUUUGACAUCCUUGAGCCUAUACAAGGACAGGUUCGAAGAGAUUGGGGAGUAGACCAAAUAGUGGGACUAGGUCCCCCGAUCACUGCUACCGAUUACAACUUUGCCUUAAAUAUGGACACAUCUACGCAGGCUGCAUCAACUAAAUCGAUAAACACAAUUUUGUGGAGAUCAAUAUGCGAUUAG